AUCUAAACUACAAGGACAUUGAUGCUCCAAAAUCAGAUGUAUGUGUAAUUAUUUGACUUCUGACUGUGAAAUUAUCUUGGUCACAGGGUCAAAUCGAAACAACCCUUUAUUGGCCAUUUGAACCCUUUUUAAGCUCUGAUCUGAUUUCUUGUUUCAUUCUGUGCCAGAACUUGAUCAGUGGCGCAGUUCAUUCUGGUGAAUGAUUUACAGCCUUCAAUCCCAGGGAGAGGGUGUAUUGCUAAUUCGGGCUGGCGCUGAAAUGCCAGCAGGUGCUGCUGGGUGGAGGUGGUACUGGUGGUGGUGCUGCUGCAGCCCCUGCGCUCGGCCCGCGGAGCCCCGGCCGCACUGAUGACGCUGGCACCGCGCCUCGGCCUGCUGGCGGCGGCGUGCACCUGCGCGUGGCUGCUGGUGACCGGCUGCGGACCGGGACCGGGAUACGGAAAGCGCUCCCGGGUGCGCAGACUCACUCCUCUAGCCUACAAACAGCACGUCCCUAACGUCUCCGAGAACAACCUGGGAGCCAGCGGGAGAGCCGAGGGGAAGAUCAGCCGCCACUCAGAGCGCUUCAACGAGCUGGUGUGCAACUACAACCCCGACAUCGACUUCAAAGACGAGGAGCGCACCAGAGCCGACCGCUUCAUGACCAAGCGGUGUAAAGAUUGCAUAAACAGGUUGGCCAUUGCAGUUAUAAAUCAAUGGCCGGGUGUUCGACUGCGAGUGACGGAGGCCUGGGAUGAGGACGAUAAUCAUCCGCCUGGUUCGUUGCAUUAUGAAGGCCGUGCUGUGGACAUUACCACAUCGGACAGGGACAUAAAAAAGUACGGCCUUCUGGCUCAGUUGGCGGUGGAAGCCGGAUUCGACUGGGUACACUACGAGUCCAAGUAUCACGUCCACUGCUCUGUCAAAGCUGAUCACUCAGUUGCAGUGGAGAAAGGAGGUUGUUUCUCAGCAUCAGGACUGGUGACUGUGGCUGCAGGACUGCAAAAGCCAGUGUCACAUUUACAGCCUGGAGACUCAGUGCUUGCUCUGUCUGAGUCAGGUAACAUGAUCUUCAGUCGUGUCCUUCUUUUCAUACAUUUGGACAGUAAAAGGAGGUUCGACUUCUUGAUUUUAAGCACAGAAGAUGGGCAACAGCUCGCCCUUACUGCCAAUCACCUCAUCUUCAUGGCUGCAAGCUACAAACUAAACCACCACGAGUAUUCCGCUUGCUUUGCCAGUCGAGUCAGGCGGGGAGCUUAUGUACUAAUAUCUGGAAAGGAUGGUCGCACGCAUCCAUCAAAAAUAGUCUCCGUCAUGCAGGAGGAAAGAAUUGGAGUUUACGCCCCAUUAACAGAACAUGGAAACCUAUUUGUGGAUGGCGUGCUGGCAUCCAGCUAUGCAUCUAUUGAGGAUCACAGACUGGCACACUGGGCAUUUGGGCCUGUUCGCAUUAUGUUUAAACUAUUCGUGGCGGAUAAUCCUCGAACAACCACCAAACAAGGUGCUGUUGAGGUUCAGACAACGUGUUCCUCUUGCCAAAUUCCUUCCAGAGGACAGAUAAUGAAUAACAGUUCAAGUGUGGUGCACGCUAUGAUGAGUAAAUGUAACCACAGUACAUGUUUAAAGAAAUGUAGUUGUACUGAAUAUUCUGAGCAUGUUCAUGACACACAAGCAGGCGUUCACUGGUAUGCAAAGAUGCUACAAAUAAUUGCCCAGAUUUUUCUGAAUCAUCAGACAUUUUAUGUUUGAAGGCCUGAGGAUGGGCCAUAAAAAAUGGUCAUACAAAUUCAUCCAAAUCAAAGAAACUAACAAAUCAAUGCAAAUCCAUUUGGAAUACAAAUGAUAAUUCUUGGAAAUGAUGAUAUAAUGUAGUAUCAUUCAUUUCUUACACUGUCUAAACGUAGAUGAAGUACACUGUAAUAUUGUGAUAGUUACUGUUGACUGUGGCACAUAUUUUGAGAUUCAGAGUGAAGAUUUUUAUACUGAAGAGGAAAUAUUUCAGAAUGUAAAAACAUUUUAUUUUUAUACAUUUGGAUUUAUAAUAUAUGGACCUUUUAUGAUAGCUCUUAAAAUUAAUUUGGUUGUGUUUUUUUUUUGUCUUUACUACACCUGUGCUUUAGACUGACGUGACUAAUUUCACAGAAGUUUUAAUUUAAUAGUUGAUAGAUCUUACAUGGAUUUAUUCAACUUGUUACAUAUCCUAAAUGUUAAAACACAUCAGUUGACAUGUCACCAAUGAAGAUCCUGGAUUAGGAACUGUCUAAAUAUAUGUUUUUUUCUGCAAAAUAAUUAUAAUAAUAAAUGGGUUUGAAUCCUUAACUCAAUUUUA